AAUAUUGCUGGUCGUCUAGAAAAGCGGCGCGGCAACGAUUUUUAUGGUUCCUUGACUCGUAACUUGAGAAACCCUUAUGUGAUUAAGAGGCAUUUCUUUGCUCUCGCCCAUCAACAAUUCUCUCCACUCUUAUCUCGUCGAGUGGUGUGGUGGUGCUUCACAUCUGAGCACUUGUGUGGCCACUUGACGCAUCUUGCGCCUGCUCGUUGCGCUCAACGUUACAAGAUCCUUGGUUGCGCUUGCUUGGUUGAGACCGCUGAGCCAUCCAACGAUGGAAGGUGACAAUGGGCAUCGCUGCGUUUACCUUGACUAUAAUGCAACUGCACCGGUGGAAGAAGAGGUCCAGAAAUCCAUCAUAUAUGCCUUGCAGGUGGCUUGGGGAAAUCCAACAAGCAACCAUGAGGGAGGAACUGAAGCACGUAGAAUUAUAGAUGAGGCCCGUAUGUCAGUUGCAAACAUGAUUGGAGCAUCGCCAUCAGAAAUUGUCUUCACAUCAGGAGGGACAGAGAGCAACAAUAUGAUCAUUCACUCACUUGUGCGCCACUUCAAGAACACAAGAAGCAGCUUUGCAGCUCUCUCAAAUUCCAAAAUUCCUCAUGUCAUCACCAGCAACAUUGAGCACAAUUCAAUCCUGCUUACCCUGAAAGACUUGUAUGAGGAUGAGCGAAUAGACCUCACAGUUGUUCCUGUUUCCAAGGUCACUGGUAGUGUGUCUGCUGAAGAAGUUAUCUCUGCUAUUCAACCGAAUACUUGCUUUGUCACCAUCAUGCUGGCAAACAACGAGACUGGAAUAAUUCAGCCAGUCGAUACCAUUGGGACCCUGCUGAAAGAUGUCAACCAGCACAGAAAGGAGCACAGCCUCCCAGAGGUUCUCUUUCACACUGAUGCUGCACAAGCUCUUGGCAAAAUGGCUGUGAACGUGGAUGAUCUGAAGGUGGAUUAUUUGUCCAUUGCAGGGCAUAAGUUCUAUGGACCCAGAACAGGAGCCCUCUAUUUCCGAGACUCGAAGCCACUGUAUCCUCUCCUGUUUGGUGCAGGACAAGAGCGUGGUCUCAGGCCAGGGACACCCAACACAUGCAUGAUUGCUGGAGUUGGAACAGCAGCAAUGCUAGUUACCAAGAACUUGGACACAUAUCGCCAGCUUAUGAAAGACUCGAGAGAUUAUUUGGAGGAAAAGCUGCAGGAAGCAUUUGGGCCUCUGGUAUCCUUCAACCAUAGAAAAGGCACCCAGGCUUUGCCAAACACUUGUAGUGUAUCAUUUGCUGGAAUGAAGGGCCCUGAAAUCUUGGCCAGAGCAAAGCAUGUUCUAGCCAGCACAGGGGCGGCCUGUCAUCACACAGCAACCCCUUCAAGAGUGCUGCUCAAUUCUGGAGUCCUGGAGGACAAUGCUCGUGGAACGCUUAGACUGAGCACAGGAAGGAAGACAACUCGUGCUGAUGUGGAGGCAGCUGUCAGGAUGCUUCAAGAUGCAGUGUCAGCCAUCCGGGAAAAACAGUCUUCUGGGUAGCUGUACUAUCAGCAUGUGUUGGUGAACACAUUAUGUAGCUGGUGAACUUCAAGUACCAAGUUCAGCCUGUUCUGUGGUAGUUUUACUAAGUUAGUGUAUCAUUCUCUUGUUAAUAAUUUGUUGGUUGGUGUGAUUUGCAGUGGUAUAUUCACAGAAAAAAGAGAACCAGAAAAGAUUGUGGACAGAAAGGGUGUGUGCUCAGAAAAGGCAGCAUCUCACAUCAGAUGGGUACAAGUGUAGGUCCAUGUGAGCAAGAACUGUUGAGGCAUUCCAUUUAUUUUUUGUGCAUUUUAAUUGAAGGCUGACUUAUAUGGGCAUUUCCACUACCAUUGAUAUGCAAAGCCACAACGAUCAGGCACGUUCCUUUGUUUUGGUGUAUGUGUUACUUGAGUUUUGGGGCUCACUUGUAAUUGUGACUAUGUGACAAAAGGCUAGGCAGUGGUCAUGUAGUUAACAAUCUUUUAUGCUCAGUUCAUCUCUGUCUGUCCUACAUAGACGUGUCUGCAACUGAAAGGAACUUUCACAUCUACUUCCAUUGUAUGCUCGAUUGCACUCUCUAGUGUUUUUUUUGUGCUGUUUAAGAACAUUCAUGUGAAACCAACUGUAUAUAUUUUACGAGUUAGUGCUAGAGUAACAGUGAGAUGCAAUCAAACUGCCAUCUUUGGAUUUGUCUUUGGUGGCUACACAGUUUAAAAUGAAUUUUAUGUUGCAUCUUUUACUUUUAUUGCUUAAAUUGAAUGUGUGCAGAUACUAAAUGGCACAUUUUCAGUGCAGCUAAGCAAUUUGUUUAGUUUUAAAUGUCUGAAAAAAAUUGAGGCUUGCUUUGUUGCAGGGUUUGCAUUUCAGACCGUGAAUUCGUUCAUAACAUUAGAUAUUUUCAAGAGUGUUUGCUGUCCUUGUAAGCAUACGUGCUGUAAAAGCAGUAGGUAAAAUUUUGAAUGAAGUGUCUGUGCCUUAUCUUGUGGUACCUUUUGUGGCUCAUAAACCGGUUUAAGCCAGGAACUUGGGAAGUAUCAGUUCGGUAUUGUGUGAACCGCAUAUGUAUGUGCUACCUUCCCAAAUUACAUUGGUGCUCCUCAUAUUGCUUUAAAAAUAUUUCUGAAAGUUGUAUUGUUGGUUUAUUUACGCAAUACAUUUAUAAACUAUGUCUCAUGCCUCUUGAAUCGCUUGGUGUAUAAGCUUUUGGAAAUUCUCUGUAGCAGCUCACCUUAUUGCAUUUGUUUUAGCUUAUGCCUCUGAUCCACGUGCAUUUUUUAGCCAGUUUAAAAGCGUGACUGGCGCCUAUACUUUGAUUGUUUAGCUGGUUGUGCAUUUAAACUUUGUGCAUUUGUUUGGACCUUUACAUUUAUUAUGGACUGGUAAAUAGUGGGUAGUUGCACGUGCUUUGCUGUUUACAAUAUAAGCCUGCUCUGACUGAUGCUGGGCAUGAAUUUCAGCUUUUGUAUGGCUUUGUUUUUCUCGUUUUUCAUAUUUAGGUAUUUUAUUUGCUACCAGCUGCUAAAGAUGUUGGUAUGAUAGUAGUUGUGAAUAUGUGAAAAAAGCCCAAAAAAAAGAAGAAUGCUUAGUCUUCAUUAUAUUCGUAAGGAAGGCUGUUUCAUUGUUAAUUAUUUAUGUGAUCAUAUUGUGAAAUGGGUUUUCUGGGGCACACUAGAACUUUCAAGGAAGCAUUAUAAUAAAUUUACCAGUAGCUGGUUAAACUCUCAA